UGUAGGAUGACCGGUGGAGUUGGAUUAAACUGUCUGUUUAUAAAGAGACUAUGGCUGGUUAUGAAGACAAUGUCCAGACCUUGGACUCCUGCAUUUCUAAUUCUCCUCAUAACAGUACCAGCUAGCUUUGUAGAACAGGUAGCGAUAUACUACAUGGGCCUAGUCCCCAGUGGGUUUUAUCUAGUGCUAGAAAACAGGGAUAUAGACGGGUUCUACCAUCAGCUCUGGGUGGCGUGUUGGUGGGUAGUGGCGAUAGUGCUGAUAAAAUCAGGUAAAAGUUACGCAGCAGGAGCCCUUUACAUACAAUGGAGGUGGAACCUUAAUGAGGAUCUGCACAUGAAGUAUUUUAGCAACAAGAUUUACUACGACUUGAACUGUUUGAACAGUGCUAUUGAUAACCCUGAUAUGAGAAUUACACAGGACGUGGAUAAACUGACUGAAACACUGCAGUCAAUAAUAUUACAAAUAGUUGUCUUCCCGGGAGUUGCUAUUUACUACACGUACAAGUGCUGGCAUGCCAUGGGGUACCUGGGUCCGGUCUGUAUCUACGGUUAUUUUACAGUGGCGUACAUUCUCAACAGCUUCUUGAUGUCACCUAUUGUUGCAGAGGUAUUUCGUCUGGAGAGAAAAGAGGGACAUUUCAGAUAUAUCCACGUUAACCUGAGAUCUUCAGCAGAGUCCGCUGCGUUCUCUGAUGCUGAACAAGUCGAGCAUGCUAAUUUUCAGGCGACGUUGAAAUCUAUCCUGGAUUCUAAGCAGAAGAUAGUAACCAAGCAACUACUUCUCAGCAUGGCAGUAAACACGAGCGAUUACAUCGGGGCCAUUCUGAGUUACAUAAUUCUAGCGAUACCUAUAUUUAGUGGAAUGUACGACGACAUCCCACAUCUGGGAUUUGUUAUCAGUCAGAACUCGUUCGUAACGAUGUAUUUAGUGAGCUCUUUCAGUACAUUGGUGGACAUGUCUGGCAAGCUAGCAGAUUUAGCGGGUUACAUCCACCGAGUAGGUGAGCUGAUUGAGUUCAUGAGGGACCACAAAGCUGAUUCUCAGUAUUGGAACCAGUCCCCAACAGACGAUAACUUAGAAAAAGGUCUAGACACCGGUAAGGAUCGUGGCAGAGAUGAGGACAGUGAACAACUGAUUUCUUCAGUACGGGGCGAAGAAAUAGAACGAGAAACCUCUUCAAUCAUUCCAGAUUUCCUCACUUUGAAGAACAUCACAAUUCUAAACCCUAUAACUAACAAAUCCCUGGUUAAAAACCUCUCAAUCUCCCUGAACCACCACACUAACGUCCUGAUACACGGUCCCCCAGCAGCGGGCAAAAGCUCCGUGCUCCGUACCAUCAAGCAACUGUGGGAACCUCUGGUGGGGUCUAUCCAGUCCACAGGUGACAUCAUGUUCUUACCACAACGACCCUACUUUACCAGACAGUGUCUAGCAGCUCAGAUCACUCUCCCUGAUCCUCCCAAACAUGGGGAGGAUCCAGAAUUAUUGGGGAUUUUGGAGACUUUGAAGUUAACGGAAAUACUGGAUGAUACUCAGUGGAAUGAGGAUAUCAAUGAGACAGAUGGUUUCUUCAAUAGAACAGUUGAUGAAGAUGGCAGCGAAGAGAAUGGUAUAAAUCAUGAAGAUGCAGAAACCACCCCCAUGAUAGCAUCUCAACCAACUAGUUUCCUCAGGAGACUGUUCACCACCCCCUCCCUCCUCCACUCCUCCUCACCCCUAUAUAAAACACCCAGAAGAAGCUGGCACAAGCUCCUGUCACCUGGCCAGCAGCAACUUCUUGCUUUCUCCCGGGUACUUUACCACAAGCCCAGGGUAGUGAUAAUGGACGAGGCAACCAGUGCGGUUAGUGGGGAUCUAGCUGAGGUUAUGUAUGAUUUGCUGAGGACUAUGGGGGUUUGUUAUCUUUCAGUGAGUCAUGAUGAGGGUUUGGAUCAGUUUCAUGAUAAGGUUAUUCUUUUAAUGGGGGACGGACAAAAUUGGAGAGUCAAAAAAGCGAAGUAUUUGUGAAGAUACUAUGCGCGAUACGAUUUGCUGAACCAUUUUUGUCUUUUUGAAUGACGAAUAUUUGUCGAUGUUUUUCAAAAUUUGUUGAUUUAUUUGCUAGAAUCCUUCGUAUGUAAUUCAAAUUAGCUUUGUAAAGUUUAAUAAGUAGAAUUUUUAUUUACGUUUUAUAAGUAGAAUUUAGUAG